GGACAUCGCUAGCUGCUUGAAUCACAAGUCAGUCAACACGUACUGAACGUAUCGCUGGCUGGUCACGUGUAGUGAGUGUACUACUCAACACACCAACACACGCACAGUUCGCCUGUCUGUCUGUCUGUCUGUCUCCAUCCAUCCAUCCACCCAUCCAUCCAUCAGUGUCUGUCUGUGUGUCUGUCUGUCUGUCUGUCUGUGUGUGUCAUGCUGCCGGUCCCACGCCAUUGGUGGUGGCACCAGACGACGACGAGCCGCCCUCCUUGAGCGUAUCGGCCGCCAGAUACCUGCAUAUAUUACAAAUGGCCAUGAUAUCAUUCAUGUACCUACCUACCGUGUGUGCGUCACCCACCUGACAUCAGGGUCUUCAUCUUCUGCCAGCCGCUGCAGGGUCUCUUGCACAGCCUGACGUACGUGACACACACACAGACAAGACAGCCGCCCAGCCCAAGCAUAUAUAUCGCGCACACGCGCAUAGCUAUGGCUGUGCUUUGAUGUGAUGCGAGUACGGACCGCGUUGACAGGUUCAGGUUUGAGUGCGGCGCGCAUCUUUCCGAGUGUCUUGCAGGCGUUGUACCUCACGUUGGGCACCCUGUCGUGGGCAGCCGACACGGCCAGCGGCAGCAGAUGCUCCUCGAUCAACUCACGGGGGAAGAUCUCACACAACGUCUGGUGGCGUAAGGUAAACCCACUCAGGGAGAGACAAGGGGAUGGUUGUGAGAAUAUGCAUGACGCCUGGCUGGCUGGCUGGCUACCUUGACGCAGAAUAGGACGGUCAUUCUGUGUAGGUAGUUGGGUGAGUCCUUCUGCUUGAGCAGAUCAGGCAGCACAUGCGACUCCGCCCACGACUGACCCAACACCUACCGAUACAGACAGACAGAGAGAGGGGAUGAAACCAGUGCUGUCCUUGUGUGUGGAUGGCUGGAUGUGAUGUCUGGUCACCUCAGUGAGUUUCUUGAGGCGCUGCGAUGCUGCGUCGCGUAUCGAGAAGACAGGGUCCUGGAGCGCCUUUCGGUACACCUCACCCAUCUCCUUCUCGAAGAUGUCCACACCCUAGACAGACAACCAAUACACACACGGACGGCACAACACAACCAGGAGAGGCAGGAGAGGGAGAUGUGGCUUAUGUGGGUCGGUGUGUGGGGGUGUGUGUGGGUGCGGCGACUGACUGACUCACUGACCAGGUGCUGUGCGAGGAUGGGUAUGUGGUCCAGCACAGCCUGCCGCACACGCCACUGCUUGUCUCCCGCCAGCUCUACCACAGCCGGCAACAACGCCUGACACACACAUGGCGGCGGGGGAAGGGGGGGGGUGGGGGGAGGGACACACAUGCACACACCCGGGCGGGCGAAUGUGUCACUUCCGUACCUACCUCGUGGAAAUUCUCGACUCCCACGACAUUUGCGAUUUUGUCCACACUGGCCAAGACGCGAAGACGGACCUCAGGAACCUGGUCCCUAACACGCACACACCCAUAUCAUGAUAUACAAAUCGUUUGUGGUUUGGUUGAUGUGAGCGUUUGUGUCGUUGUGUCGAGUUCUCCACCCAUUGACCCAAACACCACCCAGCUACCUGAGGAGUGCGAUGAUGAUUGGCAUCAGGUGUUCGAGGGUCAGGUCCUGCUCGAAGAUCGGUGCCAACUCCAACACGGUCGUCGCCAACGCACCUGCACACUCAAUCAAGAGGGGUGGACAAACAGACAGACAGACAGACAGACAGCAUCUUGUCUGUUCGUUCUGUGUUGUGUGUCUUGUGUGUGUGUGUGUCAUGACUGCGGGUGGAUUGGAUGGUCAGUCACCUCUGACGAGGCUGGUCUGGUCGGUGACCAGUUUGUUGAGGGUCUCGAUGGUGCUCCUGAACGUCGGCCACCCCUUCCACUCGGGAAACCUCUGGACAUAUGGACAUAUCAUCAGUAUCAUCAACAAUCCCACCCACACACAGCACAGGCAGCCCUGGACAGUGGCUGCAUCUGUGUCGGUGUUUGUGUCUGUGUGAGUGUCUUGUGCGCUGCGCUGCGCUGCGCCGUGCCGACCCACCCUGAAGAUGUCGACCAGUUUGGCCGUCGCGACGGUGCGCACCUCAUGCUGCAUGCACUCCAACAACCAACAGAGACGCAUGCCAUGCGCUGGUCGGUGGGUUGGUUGGCUGGCAUGUUUGCUGGUGACUCACUGACCUCCUGGUCUUCGAGCAGCGUUAUGUACUUGGGAAUGACGAACUCGCGCACCUGGUCGAUCCCGUCUGCACUGCCCUCAGCCACUGCAUCCGCCAACUGCACCUCCGUAAGCAAAACAUGUUGGUCGAUGGGGAGACGAGACGCAUGUGUGUUGUGUGUGGUGUGUUGUGUGUGGGAAGUGCUGUACGUAUGUGUUGUGGUGUAACUGACCGACCUCUUUGAAGUUGUCAGCUGCCAUGUACCGAACCCGCCACGCCUUGUCCACUGCACACACACACAUUUACACACACAUACAGAGGGUCACAACAUGCACACCUGCCUGCCCUGACUGAGAGCGGGUCUCUGAGUGGAUGUGUGUGUGUCUUGUUCCUUCACCCACUCACUUGUGGCCGCUUCGACGACCGGUCUGACGAGUGUGUCGAAUUCCUCGGGCAGCUUGCGGGUCAUCGAGAUGCAGUUCCUCAUCACAAACAGACGCACAGAAUCCUAGGAGCACACCACACACGAAAGAUGGAGGGAGAUGUGUAUAUAUGUGUGUUCGGUGGCAGGGCAGGCGGUGGUGUGUGUACGUGGUCGUCGACGGAUAGCUUCCUGAAGACCUCGACGACACUUUGAGUCGCCACCUGAUCCUUGGGCAGCACCUCCAGGAAACUCUGCAGCCCAGCCACCAAACACACAAACAGCCACACGCAGAUGGAUGGAUGGAUGGAUACCCACUCGAUCCGAUCGAGACCUUCCCUCCCUCCCUGCCUCCCCCCCGGCCUCGCUGACAGACACACCGAGAGGUAGUGUGCGGCUGCCCUGCGGACCAUGGGCGCACUGUCGUUGCUGAGAGUCUCGAGGGUCUCCACCAGGUUGGCCUCCAUCGCCAGCUCGUCGCCCAACUUCUGCCACACUGCCGGCAGCAACGCACACGCCGACAUCUUGGCCGUGAACCUGAAUGAAUGAAUGACCACACACAGACGCGGCGCACAUGCACACAGCACAGCACAGGGCUGUCGGAGGAAGGAAGGAACAUUUGUGGGCUGUGGGUGAAUCAAUCGGCUUGGCCGGCGGACCGGACCAUUCGGCGUUUUGCAGCCUGUCGAGUAGUUUGGUGAUGUGGGAGGCCUGGGUCUCCAAAGGGAUGGCGCCGAUGAUCUUCCGAAGCGACUCGACCGCCUUAACGAAUGAAUCCCCCACACGGAUUGCAUUGCAGGGGGUGGGUGUGCGUGACGUAUUCGGUGCUGCUCUCCUUCCAACCAACCUUAUCCCGGACGGCAGUUUCUUCCAAACACGCGAAGUCCUCCACAAUGGCUGCACCCCACCGCCCCGCCCCGCACGCAGACACACACAGAAACAGCCAGGCAUGCAGGCCGCCGGUCAUUUUAUCAUCGUUGGUGUGAUGUGAUUGGUGUCCUGGCUGGCUGGCUGGCUGGCUGGCUGUGUGUGUGUUUGGCUGCCUCUCUGGCGUCCGCACGCACGUAUGAUGCAGCAAGCGUGUUCCGGGCCUCCGACGGCAUCGAUGGCCUUGCCCAGCUGCUCCGACAACGCUAUCAGCACCUCAUCGUCGUCGUCCAACAUCUCACCUGCAGUGCACCACACACAAUCCAUUCAUCCAUCCAUCCAUCCAUGCAUCCAGCCACACUCAUCAAAUCAAGUGUCUGUCUGCCCACACUCAUUCCAUUCAUUAUUCCCGUGUGACCCUACCUACCUACGUACCUUGUAUGAAGGGAAUGAGUUCGUUUCGUGUUCUGUCUGGCCCGAGUGCGACGCAUAUGGUGCUGAGUGAGCGGACCGAGUGGAGGCGGGCCUGGAGGUCCUCGUGCCGCAGCUCCUGGAUCAGAAUCGACACUGGAUUGGGGUUGAACUGCUGAGAGUGAGAUACACUCAUGGAGCCGCAACCACUGACGCUGAAUGAAUGAACCAAUGGCCGGAUGGAUCAAGGCAGCGAGUGCAGCGAGUGCUUCUAGUGCCUUCUCUCAGCGGUUUCUUGCCGGUCUUUGUGUUUCUUCAAGUAGUCAUCUAAGCCUGUUGCUCAACACACACGCCCAGCGAGAAGGCUCCAAG